AUGCUGACUGGCGGAGAGUCUCCCUCCUCUUCGCUCGAGUCGAAGGACGUCGUCGCCGAUGGAGUCCUUGUCACCAUUGCCCCCCGCGUCUCCGAGGAGACCGCAGUGAUUGCGUCAAACCAGGACCAGCGGAAGCAUGGCGGUGCCUCAACGCUCCUUGGGCGCACCGGUCCUGGUGUGAGAAUAGUUCGGAUCAUUUUGCUCGCGGCGGGACUGGUCGCUCUCGCCCUCGCGCUCUGGAAGACCGCAGCCGUUGCUCCGUCGUUAAUUCAGGCGAACGGGCUGCCACUCGGACUCGCCCAAACCGGAGCUUACUUCAUCGCCUACUUGUGUGAAGCCGUCCUCAUUGUUGCGGUGACCCCAUUCGUGGCGGCGAAGGAGGCUGUGGGGUUUGCUGCUGUCAAGCUCUGGCAGGUGGCAACCGCUUACUUCUCAUUCGCUUGGGAUGUCAUCGCCGCAGUCUUCUCAUUCGCUUGGGAUCUCAUCGCCGCAGUCUUCACCCUCCUUUCGGACGCCGCCGCCACAGUCUUCUCCUUCACUGAAGAAUUUAUCCUCGUCCCCAUGGCCCACUUCCUCCAGCCAGGCGCACAGAUUGUCCGGGACAAGGCGGUGACGGUCGCGGAGACUGUCAAGGACGUGGCUGUCUGGCCGUACGAGAACGUCGUGCAGCCUGCCGGAGAGGCGGUUGUAGGCUGCGUGCAGGACGUGUUUUCCUGGUCGUACCAGCGUGUCUUGCAGCCCAUCGGACAUGCGAUUGGCGCCACCGCGACAUUCGUGAUGGAUGCCGUCAUUGCCCCGUCACUCAAUGCCUUGGCGUGGGCCGUCGCGAAAAUGUGGCAAGGAUUGUUUUGGAUCGGCGACGCGAUCCUCGAGGGCAUCUCCCGCAUUGUGGUGUACCUCUACGAGCAUGCGGUGGUGCCUGUGUCUCACGGCAUUCGAUUAGUCGGGGCAGAAAUCGGAAAUGGCUUGGGUGCCGCCGCCAGCUGGGUGUGUGGCCACAUUUUGGCUCCUGUUGCAAACGCAGUCAGCGCUGCCGCAUCAGCCUCCUACCACUAUGUGAUAGAGCCUGUUGGUUCAGGGAUCGGAUGGCUAGUCUCCACCCUAGCCAGCGGCAUUGCAUCCGCAGGCUCCACCACCUAUCGAUUCGUCAUCGAGCCGGUUGGCUCAGAGGUGGGCUCGCUCGCCGGCAUCGUGAGCAGCUGCUUGGACUCGAUCGCCAAAAACUUCAACCCGGAUGUCGACGUCAACAACGCCGCCCUCUGCGAGUACAACUUCGCGGACGGGGAGAUCGCGGUGUUCGGCUCAGCGGCGCCGCCCCUCCACUCGGGCGCGUUCGUCUUGCGCCAUUCGAUGGCCGUCCACGUAAUCGUCUUUGCGGCCUUCCUGGCUGCGUUGGUCGCCUCUCGCACCGCCACCUGCAUCGCGGCACCGGAACGCCAAAAAACUAGUAUGGCGUCGCUGUUCACCGCCGCAUCGCCGCUCCUCCCGCUCGCCGUCGCCCACCCGAUGCCGGAGGACGACGAGGAGGCGGCUGCGCGUGAGCGUGCGCAGCGGUACAUCAAAUUUGGCACCGUCACCGAGAAGAAUGUCGAGCAGCUACGCAAGCUGAACCUCGCAGUCUUCCCCGUCCGGUAUAACGACAAGUUCUACUCGGACCUGGCUUCGGCGCCGUCACAGGCGUACACGCACCUCGCCUACUUCAACGACAUCCUCGAGGGGGCCGCCUUUAAGCUCUACAUCAUGACGAUCGGCGUGCUUGCGCCCUACCGCCGGCUGGGCAUCGGCACGCAGCUGCUCAAGCAGGCGCCCCGCUCCGGCGAGGAGGCUCCUCUGCCCCAGCACCUCCCUCCCUCUCACCUCUGCUCGCUCGGGGCAGGUGCUGCACGCGGCGAGGUGAUCAAGGACUACUACAAGCGGAUCGAGCCGCCGGACGCGGUGCUGCUGCACCGUGUCGCGCCCUUCCCAGUGCUCUCCAAGGAGGAGCAGCCCGCCCGGUACGCGUAG